AUGCCUCCCAAGAAAGCAACCAGCGUGACCAAGAAGGCCGCCGCCCCGGCUCACGCUUCCUACCGUGAUAUGAUCAAGGAUGCUAUUGUCAACCUGAAAGAGCGCAAUGGUUCCAGCCGCCAGGCCAUUAAGAAGUAUGUGUCGGCGAACAACAAGAUCAACGUCGCGUCUCAGGCCACCUUCGAUGCCCAGUUCAACAAGGCCAUCAAGGCUGGUGUUGAGAAGGGCGAGUUCACCCAGCCCAAGGGUCCCUCUGGUCCCGUGAAGCUGGCUAAGAAGGAGCCUGCCCCCAAGCCCGCCGCUAAGCCUGCUGCUAAGAAGGCCACCACUGCCAAGAAGCCUGCCGCCAAGGCCACUGCCACCAAGAAGACUACUUCUGCUCCCAAGAAGACUGCCACCAAGGCUGCCGCUACCCCCAAGGCCUCUGCGGCCAAGAAGGCCACCACCACCAAGAAGACCACCGCUGCUAAGCCCAAGGCCAACUCUGGUAAGGCCCGCAAGACCACGACCGCUGCCGCUCCGGCGAUCGUUGAGCAGCCCAAGGUCAUUGGCAAGACCAAGUCUGGCCGAGUCACCAAGACCACAGCGGCUCCCAAGCCCGCCACCAAGAAGCGUGCCACCCCCAAGAAAUAG